AUGGGUGCAGAGGAAAGUAUACUGGAUGGCUGCGACCUAGAAGAAGGCACAGUAGAGGAGUCGUGUCCAUGGGUUCUACGUCAUGGCCAGCUGGCAGAUGACACUCUCAUCACAAUUCUGUCUGACCAAAACUGUGAUCGGACCAAAAGAGAGUUAUUCCAACGAAAUGUCAAGAAUUUGAAGAGUUUGCGACAUCCAAGUAUAGUGAGAUUUCUUGCCUCAGGAGACCAAUCCAGCCAUGCGUACAUUGUAGUGGAGAGAGUGGUUCCUGUUCUUACUGUUCUUGAGACCCAUUCCGCCAUUGAGAUCUGUGCUGGACUUUUUUCAGUUUUAGAGGGACUAUCCUUCUUACAUGAAAAGGCUGGCAUAUGCCACAAUAAUGUAUGUCUGGAGUCAGUGUUUGUGACUGACACAGGUUACUGGAAGCUAGGAAGCUUGGAGCAUGCCUGUAAGUUUGGAAUGGAUACUUCCCAAUAUCUCACUUCAGCCAAGAAUCACAGGAGUUCAAAGGCCAUUGCACCAGAGGAAAGGGAUGAGAGUAUGACUGCUGCCCCAGAACUAGCCUUUGCGAGAGAUGUGUAUGCAUUUGGUGUGAUGGUGGAGGAACUGUUGGAAAAACUUGAAGACUUGGGUGAAAUUAUAGGAAGUUAUGAAAUCAAAUUUGAGUUUAAAAUUUGGAUUUCCCGAAAUCAAUAUCACAAUUUUUCCAGUCAGGAGACAGUAGGAAAGUGUUUGACCAGGAGCCUGCUGUGCCGUUUUGUCCUGCUUGAUCUUGACGCUAAGAGACACCUCAUUCCUAACUUACUUAUGCCAUAUCAUGAUGGUAACCGUCCAGCUGCCAGGACAGGGGAGGCUACUCCACUUUUCAGUGUGUCAACUUUCAGGACUUAUGUGGUGCCUGAGAUUUACCGCGUGUUCCAUUGUCAUGACUACAACAUACGUAUGAUCCUCCUUACCUACUUAAGGCAUUAUGUUAAUCUGUUUGAGAAGGAGAGUCUGGAAGAUGUUAUUCUACCUCAGGUGUUGUUAGGACUACGAGACACUAAUGAAGAUCUGGCCGCUCUCAGUCUGCGAAGCCUUGCUGAACUUGUACCAUUGUUGGGACGUCAGACAGUAAUAGGGGGGAAAGCCAAGACAUAUUUCAAAAAGGGAAUGCCAAAGUCUGUACAGAGACAGCAUCAUCAGAGUAAUGGUGAUCAAGUUUUUAACUCUGAAGAUGUUAUCAGCACCAAGGAAGGGGUGUUCAGCUCUGUCAAUGAAGUAAUGGGUAAACCACUCCUUAAAGAUCUCGCCAAACUGAGUAAAACUCAUACAGUUGCUGUGAGAGAAAAUGAAGCUGAAAUCAAAAGAAAAGCAAGAGAACAAAGACUACAGGAUGCAAAGCUGAAGAGAGAAAGGCGAAGACAGGAAAAACAAAUGAAAUCCGAAAAGAUAACAGUCAGUGAAGGGGAUGAGAUUGUUGGAUAUGGUGUGGAAGAGUUGAGUGAAGAUCUCACUACGGAGACAACAGACCACACACACAGGGAUGUCAGUGGAUCAGAUGAAAAUUUGGCAAGUGACAUCAGGAAAGAUCAAGAUCCGGAGGAUUGGACUGGAUGGGAUGACACAAACGAGGAACAGUUUGAUGUAGAUGACAGCGAAUUGAGUCAGUUUGAGUCUGUGAUAGAUGAUCUACAAACCAAGCAUGUGAUUAGUGAUGAUGAAAGAGUAAUGGAGUCAACAGGAGUAUUUCUUUCUGAGUCAACAGACUGGGAUUCUGAUUGGUCAGCAGCUAAUCAAAUUAACAACAAAAAUACUGAUUCAAUAUGUAGUCCUAAUAAUGACCUUCAGAACAGUUUGUCAGUAACAGGCAAGUCAUCAUCUGCUCUGUCACUUAAAUCUGUUAAAAAACCUAAACCUUCAAUCAAGACUAGAGCCCUUGGCUCAGAGUACAUCAUGGAUAUUGAGGUCAAGAAAAUACAAGCAGAAAAAGAGGUAUGUGACUUCUUUGCGGAUAUGACUCCACAUAUAACGCAUACAAUUUCUACAUUUUCUGGAAAUACUGGCACAACUGCUAGUGACAUUGGAACUGCUACUACUGUUGUCAGAGAUGCUGCAACAGCUGGAACUGAUGUGAAGGAAGCUAGAAUAGCAAACAUGCCUUUGUCAGGUGACAAAAGUACUUCCACAAUAAGCAUGAAAUACAAUGUUGCAGAAACAGAGAAUGUUACUGAAGGAGGCUGGGGCGAGGAUGAAGGCUGGGGGGACGAUGGAGGCUGGGGCGAGGACUGA